AUGUUUGGGUUCAGUCAUGUGAAAUUUGUCAGUUUUAUGGCUGAUGUUAUAGCAGAUCACGGGCAUAAUGUGACUCUCUUCCAACCCUUCCAUAAUGCAAUGAAAAACACUGAAGGACUAGUGAAAAACAAGAACAUUGAGAUAAUCAAUUACUAUCCUAACCAUUACGACGAACUUGUCAAUUUGGAGACUCAAACAUUCCCAAUGUUCUGGGAUUCCCAUCUGAUGAAUAACCCCAUUCUUCAAGCUUUCAUGAUGCCAAGAGCUCUUGCUGGAGAAUUCGAAAGAACUUCAGUUCAAUUGUUGAAAGACAAGCAAACUCUGGAUAAACUGAAGAAUAGGAAUUUUGAUGUCAUGAUUGUUGAAACAUUUGAGUUAACUGGAUUUUACAUUGCUCAUUUACUUGAGAUCCCUGCCAUUCCCAUCAUGUCAUCCGUCCGUUUUCCCAGUUUCAAUGAUCUAUUCGGACAACCUUCUGGUCUUGGAUAUUAUCCACAUAUUGGCUCAAAAAUGGCACCAGAAGCUGGAUUUCUCGACAGACUCAAUGAUGUUUACCGUAACUUUUUCGUGUAUGUUAUGAUGCAUCGAAUGGCAAAUAUUCAAAAUGACUAUGUUGAACAUGCAAUCGGUAGGCCGGUUCCAAACUGGAAAGACCUUGUGAGCCAGUCGCCAAUUUUUAUUACUAACUCGAACCCAUACCUGGAUUAUGCUGUUCCAACUACUGCUGCAAUAGUUCAUGCGGGUGGAAUCACAAUGGAUUUGAAGAAAAUGAAGCAUGUUGGAAAGCUACCUGAAGAAUAUGUUCCCAUUCUUGACGAGAGAGAAUCGACUGUCCUCAUUUCUUUUGGUUCUGUAAUUCGUUCAUUCCAAAUGCCAGAAAACUUCAAAGCUGGAAUCAUUCAAAUGUUUGAGUCUCUCCCGGAUGUCACUUUCAUCUGGAAAUACGAGAAAGAUGACGUGGAGUUCCAGAAGAGACUCCCAAAGAAUGUCCAUUUGAAAAAAUGGGUUCCCCAGCCUGCUCUUCUUGCUGAUGAACGAGUCAAAGUAUUUGUGACUCACGGAGGUUUGGGUAGUACAAUGGAAGUUGCAUACAGUGGAAAACCAGCUCUGAUGAUUCCAAUUUUCGGCGAUCAACCACUAAAUGCAUAUAUGCUUGAAAGACACGGAGGAGCUAUUGCUUAUGAUAAAUUCGAUUUGGCAGAUGGACACAAGCUCACAAAGACAUUGAAGGAUAUGGUCAGCAAUCCAAAAUACUUCAAAAAUGCUAAAGAAUUGCUCGAAGUUCUCUCAAACCAGCCGAUUGAUCCGAAACUAAAUUUGAUGAAACAUCUUGAAUUUGCUAUGCAAUUUCCAAAUCUUCGUGCUCAAGUUCCUGCAAUCAACCAUGUCGGAAUUAUUGCUCAUUAUUAUCUGGAUGCCAUCGCGUUUCUUGUUUUCGUUGCUGGGCUCACAGUCUACAUUGGUUUCUUGAUUCUUCGUAAACUUCCUAUCAGAAUUAUUCCAAAGAAGGCGAAAAACGAUUAA